AUGGACCUGGUAAAUGUUCAGAAAGACUCUUGGGAGGACACAUCUCUCCAUGCCAUCUCAUUCUCCUCUACCCCCACCCCCACCUCGUCCCCAUCUGUUCACUCCUCCACCAACUCCACCUCCUUCUCUGGAGUGGACCUGCUGUUGGACCUGAAGCCUCUUUUCAUCCCUCUUUACUCAACGGUGGUUUUGGUGGCCUGCUGUGGGAACCUUCUCCUCCUCUUCCUUAUUGGUUUCAACAAGAAGACUCACAGCACCACCAACUUCCUGAUUGCAAACCUGGCGCUGGUCGACCUGGUCAUGUGCCUGUUCUGCGUGCCCUUCACUGCAUUCUACGCCUUUGACAAGCGAGGCUGGAUAUUCGGCGGCUUCAUGUGUCACUUUGUCAACGUCAUGCAGCCUGCCACCGUUUUCGCCGCUGUCCUCUCUCUCACGGCCAUCGCGGUGGACCGGUACGUGGUUGUGGCCUAUCCGAUUCGCCGGCGUGCUGGUGGGCAGUUCUGCUGGGGUCUCGUGGUGGUGAUCUGGCUGAGCUCUCUGGCGCUCUCCGCCCCGACAGCUCUGCACACGGCCCACCUGGACCUCAGCGCAGCGGGCCUCAGCAUGACCAUCUGCGAGGAGUUCUGGCCUGACCAGGACCACGGACGCCUCCUCUACUCCUGCUUCCUCCUCCUCUUCUCUUACUUCCUACCUCUGGCAGCUGUGUCUGUCUCCUACUGUGCCAUUUCACAUCACCUGAGGCAGAGGACGACCUCUGACCUGGUCGCCAGUCACAGUUGCAGCCAGGCGACAUGGGGGAAGAGAAGGAGGAAGACCUUUGUCCUGCUGCUGGUGUCGGUGCUGUGCUUUGCCUGUUCCUGGCUCCCCCUGCAGGUGGUCAAUCUCAUCCGUGACCUGGACCCAGACUUCUCCAUCCUGGGGAAGAGUCACGUCAACCUCAUCCAGGUGUGCUGCCACCUGCUGGCCAUGAGCUCCGCCUGCUACAACCCUUUCAUCUAUGCCUCUCUCCACAGCAAGUUCCUGUCCUACUUAUGUCGUCACUUCCUACCACGCCUCAGGGGCGGGGCUCAGGGGCAGAGCAGUCUUACAACGUCUCACAGACUGCCACGCCUAAACACUUCCUCAACAAUGGCGGACAUCCCUGUUGCCGUUGGUAAAAAGAUACCUCAGGACAGCUACUGA